CCCGCUGCGGAUCUCUUCGCUGCCGCUGCGGUGAAUCUCUCGUCCGCUGUCAGUGACGGUGCAGUCAGGCAGCCGGUGGUCGGUGUGUUACCGUCAGAAUCCUUGUUGAAACGUCGCCUUUUUCUGACCCGUUAACUCGGCUCUAACGCUCUCUGCGGCAGCUGUUCACCCUCUGGCGGCAAAAUGGGAAAUGAAGCCAGUUAUCCCCUGGAGAUGUGCUCGCACUUUGAUGCUGAUGAGAUUAAGAGGCUGGGAAAGAGAUUUAAGAAACUCGACCUAGAUAACUCCGGGUCCCUGAGCGUGGAGGAGUUUAUGUCCUUACCGGAGCUGCAGCAGAACCCCCUCGUACAGCGAGUUAUCGACAUAUUCGACACCGACGGAAACGGAGAAGUGGACUUUCAGGAGUUCAUUGAAGGGGUCUCCCAGUUCAGUGUGAAGGGUGAUAAGGAGCAGAAGCUGCGUUUCGCCUUCAGGAUCUACGACAUGGACAAAGACGGCUACAUAUCCAACGGAGAGCUCUUCCAGGUCCUCAAGAUGAUGGUGGGCAACAACCUGAAGGACACGCAGCUUCAGCAGAUCGUUGACAAAACCAUCAUCAACGCAGACAAAGACGGCGACGGCAGGAUAUCCUUCGAGGAGUUCUGUGCGGUCGUUGGUGGAUUGGACAUUCACAAGAAGAUGGUCGUGGAUGUCUGACACCUUUUUUUGUUUUUGUUCCUCCAUUUACUGAAGAUCUGCUUGAAGACGUCGUCCAGCAAAAUGUGUUGCCUGUUUUCAAAGGAAGUAUUUAGUCUGUGAACACCCCUCUGCUCCCCCCACCUCCCCCCGACUCCCCCGCCUCCUCCUGCCUCCCCCCACCUCCUCCUGCCUCCCCCACCUCCUCCUGCCUCCCCCCGCUGCCUCCCCCCACCUCCUCCUGCCUCCCCCAGUCUCCUCCACCUCCUCCUGCCUCCCCCAGUCUCCCCCACCUCCCCCGCCGCCCCCCCCACCUCCUCCCGCCUCCCCAGGAUCCUUCUAAAGCCAAAUGUUUACCAAGUUUGACUGAACAGGAAGUGUCAGUGACACGACGUCGCACUGUAACAGCUGAGGGACGACGACUUAAUGCAGAGCAAGUGUUUCGGUUUGGUGGAGGGAAGCUGGAGAGAGUGUGAGUGUGUGUGAGUGUGUGUGAGUGUGUGUGUGUGUGUGUGUGUUUGUGUGUGUGUGUGUGUGUGUGUGUGUCCGUUUUUAAGGUACGUGGGGUUUUUAUAUUUAUUUUGGUGUCCUCUGUUUUUUUGUGUCUCUUAAAGAAAACAGACUUUCUGGACGAGUGUGUUUGAGCUGAGAUGUAACUUCACACAUCACAGAACAACACAAACAGCAUGAAGUGCCAACAGGAACGUGGCGACUCACAGGAAAGUCUUUUUCUUUAGGAGCUGGAAGCUGUUUUACUCUCUGCAUUUAUCUUCCUGGAGUUUUGCUUCGUGCAGCUCGAUCGUGUUUGUUUUUUCAGCCACUUUGUCGUAACGACGACGCAGGUGUUGACGUGAACUCACAAACUCCUGUUCAGGGCUGCAGCUAAUCACUGUUUCCUCAAUUAAUCAAUUAAUUUGUCCAUAAAAUGUCAGAAAAUAUUGAGAAACGUCUGUCCCGGAGGUCCAGAUUCUCUGCUGAUCGAUUAAUCGAUUGAUUGUUGCAGCUCUGCUGUGUCCGGUCAGACUGAUCAGGUCCUGAUCAGGUCCUGACUCACAUUUCAAAAUAAAAGCACAGAAAACUCUCAGCUCAGUGGCAGAAGAACAGGUUUAUAUUUUCUGCACAAGAGAACGUAAGAAGAAGUGAUUCCAGGUUUUCUUCAGCCACUGACCUGAGUGUUGGAUGAAGCUGCGACCUGCAGGGCUUUAGGUUGGUUUCUGGUUUUGAUUGGUCAAAAUAAAAGGUACAUUUUCCUGUGAUUUUACACCAGUGAAAUAAGAACUGAGCUUCACCUGUAGAGGCACAUGAGGCAGAAUGAGACCGUACCAUGGGCUGUACAUGGUCCUCUGAUCCAGGGCUCUGUAGGAAGCUGAAGCUGAAGCUCAGCUCGAGAAGUGAAGCCGAGCGACUCGUUUUUAAUCUCAGAUCAAAGACGAGGAGUGAGUGGACGUCAGACAGCUGCAGGACCAGACGCUUUAUUUACUGACGCUCUGCAAAAGACUCUGAUACCUGAAGUGAAAGACUUGUGAUGUUUGCAUGACGUGGAGAUGAUCUGCUCUCCGCUCUUUCUUCUGCAUGUACAUCAGGUCUCAUUACAGCUCCAGUUUAACAGACUGGUCCCUGAAAAAUUUGCAUGCUGCGUGACACAGGGUGUUGGAUUACUGGUUUAGUAUGCACCAUCUUCUGUGGCAGAAUGUUUCAACAGUUAUAGAAAAAAUCAGAUAUGAAGUCUGCAGUUUUUGGUGCAUGUUAAAUAUUUAGAAAUGAUGGAAAAUGAACUUUCACCCUGAACAGAAACCAAAUAGUUUUAGCUGUAAUUGUUUCACAUUUGAAUCAUGUAAAGUGGUGUCAGGGUUGUGUUGUUAUCAGAUCAUGGAUUUCACAGUGAGGUGAAGUAAUAUGAGCAUCAUUUAUCUCCUACUUCAGUUUGUGUCUCAGAUUUUUGGCUCAUUUCAUGAAAUUCACUGAGACUGUUUACUUAUAAAUGAUAGUGAUCAAACAUGUCAGACACGUUGAUGUUGCCAAUAAAAGGUUUAAAUGAC